AUGUCUUGUGCAGUGUAUGGAGAAGGUGCUGUGACUGAUUGGACACGUCAGAAGUGGUUUGCGAAGUUUCACACUGGAUAUUUCUCGCUGGACGAUGCUCCAUGGUCAGGUAGACCAGUUGAAGUUGAUACAGAUCAAAUCGAAGCAGUAACUGAGACAGUCAACAUUAUACCAUGCAGGAGAUAGCCAGCAUACUCAAAACAUCCACAUCAAGUGUUGAAAAUCAUCUGCCCCAGCUUGGUUAUGUGAAUCGCUUUGAUGUUCGGGUUCCACAUAAGUUAAGCGAAAAAACCCUUCUUGACUGUAUUUCUGAAAACGUUCUGUUUUUAAAACAAAUUGUGAUGGGCAAUGAAAAGUGGAUACUGUGCAAUAAUGUGGAAUGGAAGAAAUCAUGGGGCAAGCGAAAUGAACUGCCACCAGCCACACCAAAGGCCAGUCUUCAUCCAAAGAAGGUGAUGGUAAAGUCCUGCUUGCUGUUGUUCACCUGAUGAAUGGCGGCAUAGUGGAGUUCCCAUCUGCUUUAUGCCUUUUGGCAGGUCAUUUCUGCUAC